CGUCCAUAGCAAUUCUGAGCGGAAAAGUAACAGAGAGAGAAGAAGAAGAAGAAGAGAGAAUGGAGUGCUGCCGGAGGCCGAACAGGAGCGAUGUCCAUGUGUCGAUGGAGGAAGAGGCUCAGAUCGAGACAAAGACCAGGCAGUAUUUCGACGGUGCCGCUCCCAAGCGUCACACUAAGCCUCAGCGCAGCGACUAUUCUUCUCAAUACGUCGAUGCUCUCGCCGGCGAUGCUGACGGUGCCAUUCCUGAGAUGCUUCAAUUCCAACGCCUCGAGAAUCUUCCUCAUCCUCAGAAUUUGGCUAGUAAUGGGAUUCAAGUGACAGAGGAAUUCGUGGAAACAGAGUAUUACAAUGAUCUUAACAGCGUUGACAAACAACAUCAUACGACUGGAACAGGGUUCAUCGAAAUGGAGAAAAGUGACAAUUUCUUCCAUAUAGAGCCAGAUAACAACACCACACACCAUCCCUCUGGCAAGUGCAAUCCAGCAACUAAUGACUGGGUUCCUGCUGCUUCAAAUGAGGUGGGAUUCUUUUCAGACAAGCCAAACAGGAGUGACAUUUGAAAGUUCAUGUUAGGUUGUGGGAGUUUCACGUUCUCUUCAAUGUUGUUGCUGGUCAAAUGGAGAGAGGAAAAUGUUUAUCCUGGGUCUAAUAAAGCUAAGUUUAUGGGGGUGUUCUCAUGUUAUUUGUGUCUGGAUAUGAUUCUUCGCAUCCUUCGUAUUAGGUUUAUGAAUUUCAUUGUACUAUUAAAAACAUGACAUUUCGGUACCUUAAUUAAUACCACAAAUUAAUUUAAGAUUAAA